AGCUACUGCUUUGCUUCAACACAGUUUGAAUAAAAAGACGAGGGAACGGCUUGAAUCAAAUCGCUAAAGUAUUUGUCAGCCAUAUUGAAGUUAAGUACAAUCGCAUGGAGGAUACAGAAAUCAAACAGAAGCAAGAAGUAGACAUACCCCUCGACACCUUUGGCUGUCUAAUAUUGUGUUUGUAUAUUUGAGUAGUAAAGACAGCUCUGUGUCUUUGUGACCAGGGUUGAAGCCAGCGGUUGAACUAACCAACGGUGGAAAACAAGUGAGAACAUACAAAAGAGCGAUAGUCAGGCCUCUUUUCACCUGUAAGACACCUAUGAUUAGCAGAACUGUGAUAGCUUAUUUACUGGUGUGUUACACUAAAUGGGACCAUACCGUGUUUAGUUAAUACUAGAACAGAUAGAUAUAUUAAGAUAGGUUGGAGCUAAUGGGAUUCAGAGUAAUAACAGUAUACACCCUAUAAGAGUGAUAUAAGAGUGGAAUAAGAUUAGGAUAUAUCUAUGUAUUAUAAGCGAAGCAUAUAGAAGAUUGUUUACUAGAAGAUGAUAGUAUUGUAUAUAAAGAUAUAAUAACCAGGUUAUUACGAUUUCUACACAGUAGAACAGAUAUUGUUAUUGAUAAUUAUGAAUUACAUCUGACAGAAUUUGUUAGUGGCAAAGAUAUCAAUCAAAAUCUACUUAAAUCAGGAAAUAUUAAACAAAGUACUCCUGAAGAAAAGCUAUUGCUUCUAAAAUCAUUAAUAGAUGAAACUCUUAGCCAGAAGGCUGAGGAGUUAGAUGAUUUCUUAAAUGAUAACUUCAGCCCUGAUGAUCUGAGGGCUGUAUCAGUGGGUCAAGAUGCAUUUAGUAAUACAUUUUGGUACUUUAAUGAUCUCCGACUUUAUCGAGAACAUGCGAAUAAGAAAUGUGGAAAGAAAGUAUGGGAAACGGUUUGUGUAAGCUUAUCCGAUUGGCAGAUAUUUAUAAAACAGUUUCGAAAAACUACCAAUCUACCAGAAAGGGAUCUCUACAGAUAUUUAACUGAACAACUAUUGCCUUUAGUAGAGGUUCAGUUGGAGAAUAACCGGGAGAGUGACAAGAAAUCCCUGGACAUUCUCAAGAAAGAAGUGUUACUUAAAGAAGAAUUCGAGUUGGCAGCUAUGUUAAAAGACUCUUCUGACAAUAUGAAUAAUCACGAGGUUAUUAGCCCAAACAUUACUCCAGAAGCCAACCCUGAACUCAAGGAAAUAUUGAGUGACGAUCCCACCCCUCCGAGCAGUGACAGAAAUAAAAAUAAAACACCAGUACCGAUGGGGAAGAUUACGAAUGGAGAAGCAGAUGUCACAAUUAAAACAGAAGAUAAUAAGAAUGUCAAACCAAAUGAAAAACUGACUAAUCAAGUGAAAGAUGAACCAUUUGCCCCAGUUUCGAGUAGUGAUUAUCCUAGAAAAACUACGCCAGGGGCACAGAGUGGUCCCAUGAAUGCUUUAGCUCAGAUGACCAAUGAUCCACCUUUUAUGCAGCAACACAGCCAGAUUUUUGUCUUUCCUACCGAUUUUGCCAACAGGGCAGCUGAAAUGGUUCUUCAGGGUCAAUGUAAAAAUAUUAUAGAGUUCCAUAUGGGUAACCCAAAAACUAAAGAGUUUCUUCAGCGUAAUCCUAUGAAACCCAACAUGAACCGUCCAACAGCACCUGGUGGUAUGCAGCAGUUUGGAAAUAUUCGCAAUACGAAUCCGCACGCGAUGAAAAACCAGGGCCAGGGUAUGCCACCUGGUAUGGUGCCGGGUAACAACAGUGUAGCUCAAUGGGUGCAGCAACAAAACGCGCAUCUGGAAGAACAAGGGAUCAUGAACAAUAAUCCCCUCCAUCCAAACGGCCCACCAUUUCCUCCUAAUAAUAAUCCGCGAAUGAUGAACUGGAAUCAAAUGAAUCAGCAGGGAAAUAUGCCUCAGUUAUCAAUGAACCAAUUACCACCUAAUUUUGAUUUUGAUCAGGACUUUCAUUUAGGUGGUAUGAAUAAUACAAAUAAUAUGAACUUACUACAAAGUAAAGUGCCCAAUGAAAACUUAACACCGGAACAAUUGCAAAGACGUGGUGCUUCCUUAGCGAAACUAAGGAAAUUUCAAGAAAUGUUAUUUCCGGAACAACGUGAUGAUGUGUUUAUGGAUGGUCCAGGUGGACCCAUUGGGCCAGGUGGGCCCAUCGGGCCUGGUGGACCUGGACCAACCCCGGGUCAGAAUCCAAACCACCCAGGUAUGAUGCCUGAUGGGAUGUUUCAACAAAAUAUGAUGUCACAACAACAUGGCAUGAUGGGACAAAGUAUCAUGUCACAACAAGGUAUGUUGGGAAACCAACAUGGAAUGAUGUCAAAUCAACAACAACAAUUUUUAAUGUCUCAACAACAGAACAUGUCUCAGUUUGGACCUCACCCCCCUCAAAACAUGCAAAAUAUGACACCCUCACAACGCGAAUGGCAUCGAUUACAACAAGAGUUUUAUAAUUCUAAAUACAAACAUCAGCGCUUGGGAAUGGACCCUGGUGGGGGUAAUGGACCACCUCCUCCACCUUAUUAUAAUCCUAUGGAGCAAAAAGGAAUGGGUGGACCUACCUCACCAAACAUGAACAGACCUCACAUUCAGGGCCCGGGUCCAGGCAUGGAGCCAGAUAUGGGAAACUUUCCUCCAGGACCCAUGAGGAGACCUAUGGAUCCGAUGCAAGGUGCUAUUAGUCCUAAUUUUAAUGGUGGUAUGCCACCUCAUGGCCCUGGAUUUGAUCAACAUAUGAUGCCCAAUAUGCCUGGAGGACGAAAUAUGGCAACAAUGCUACCACCAAGUAGGCGGGGUAAAAACUCAAAUAAUGUUAGUUUGUUUCGUGCUGGAAAUCCUGAACAAUUUUGUCCUGAUGCACCACCGCGUAAUGUGAAUGGAAUGAGCAACAAGCCACCGCCUACAUAUGCACAGGCACAAAAGCGUAAGAGAGAUGACAUGGAAGACAUCUACAAAAAUUUACAGCCAACACCCUCCCCUCAACAACUUAAUUACUUAAACCAAUUUGAGGGCCAGGAACUGACUAUAACUAAACAGGCCAACACAGCAUAUCACGAACCAGGCAUGCCUGGUGACCCUCAUUCAGGUUUCUUACAAAAUCAAGUGAACUCUCCCAUGCAUGCUCCUGGUAUUAAUAACAAAGGUCCUUUAUCAAACUCAAGUCAGAACUCUAGUGCUGGACCUCUAGGUAGUCCUGGACCAUUGCCAGGUCAACCAAACAUGAUGGGUCCUGGUGGUAUAUCUGGUGCUAAUAUGAGAUUAUCCCAUUUUGAUCCUCCUUCCAGUAAUAAUAUAUCAAGUGCUCCCACAACUCCUACAGCUAAUUCAUCCAUGUCACAUAUUACCUCAUCAAGUAUAGUGAACCUUGCAAAAGGUGUGGAACAUUUAUCGAAUAAAAUGCAACAAAAUAUGAUGCAAGGUGGCCCUUUCCACAGUAUUCAAGUUCAGGGUCAAAUGAACAAUAACAAUAAUAACGGUAGUAAUUGCGGUACUAAUAACAGUGGUAAUAAUAACACCAAUAAUAAUAAUAGCGUUAAUUCAUCAUCACAGGUUGGACAACCAACCACAUCAUCUAGUGUUUCAAGUGUCCCACAAACUCAGAGUACGCCCAGUGUUAAUAAUACCUAUGUGAAUGCUACAAUGUCUAUACAACAGUUAAAUAUACAAAGUGUCAAUGCUCCAAAUGGACAGGGACCGGGUUCGGGAUAUAACCCAUCCAUGCAAGUGCAACAAAUGAACAAUGGUAUGUCAAAUAUGCCGCCAGGUGCACCUAAUGGUCCCCAUAAUGGCCCACAUAAUGGUCCACAUAAUGGUCCCCAUAAUGUGCCUUCAUCAAUACAGAAUCAAGCAUCAAUGUCACAAUCAUCUUCCAUGAUGUCAAGCAUGGGUCCAUUACCUCACGAUUUACCUUCAUCACAAGGACAUCCUGGACACAUGCAUGGCCAUGGGGGGCCAAUGCCUCAUGGUAGAAUAAUGCCUGGUGGCCCAAGUCCAGUUUCCAUGUCCCAUCCAGGUAAUUCAGGACCCUUUUCAGGUGGUUCAGGUCCUCUUCCUGGGCCUGCCAUGACAAUCGCAGCCUCUAUGUCCCAGUCACAAUCCAUUAUGGUCAACAGUGGAAUGGGACCAGGAUCAAGGCCAAUGGGAAAGUCUCCAGGAUUCUCAAGUCCACCACACAGUGCUAUGGGAGCAGGAGGAGGACCUAAUAACAAUCCUAUGAUGCAACAGGGUAAUCGCAUGAGUUCACCAAACUAUCCACCGAAUUCUGUAGGAAAUGCUAAUGUUCAGAUUCAGGCCAAAGCUCCAAACACCAUUCAGUAUCUACCUGCUCAUCCACCAAAUAAUCAACCUAAUGGAGGGGGCCCUUCAAAAAGGCCACCUGAACUUGAAUUUAUGCAGCAGUACAUGGAUGGCAAAGGCCCUUCUUCUAAUCUCAAUUACUUCCCACCAAAUCAGAAUCCACAAAUGCGACCUCCCGGUGUAGGGUCUCCUUUCUCAAGCCAGCAGCAACAGCACCAGCAACAGAUAGCCAUGCAGCAGUCUAUGAUGAUGAGAACUAGUAGUACACCAGAAUUCCCAAUGGGUGCACCCGUUGGUAUGCAGUCCGGUCCUAUGCAAGGAAUGGAUAUGCCAGGCUCAAUGAAUCCAAUGUCUAAUGGUCCUGGAGGAAUGAGUAGCAUGCCGGAAUCGAUCAUGGCUGGAAUGGGCAUGAGUAUGGGCAGUUCUAUGGCUAACAUGGGAGGUAUGUCUCCAAUGGUUAAUGUGAUGGGUAAUGGUCGUCAAGUCAAUCCAGGAAUGGUGAACAAUGGACAGGACAUGAUGAGAGCGUCCAUGAUGCAAUCCCAACACAUGCAAAUGCAGGGUCAGAGGUCGAUGGGUAACAUGCCACCAGGGAUGAGACCAUCCAACCCAGGGAUGGGAAUGUCAGGAAUGAUGCCAAACAAUCCAGCGUAUGGUCCAGGACCAGGUCCACAACAGAUGUAUCCUCAACAUAUGUAUAAUCAACCUCGUCAACCGCAAAUGUCGCCUAUGGGUAUGAUGGGAAAUCCUGGGCAACCAUAUCUGGGCAUGAUGUCAAACAUGCCCGGUCCCACGUGACAUAACUAAUGGAAAUUGAAUGUAUUACUUUCGAAUCGGUUCGCCAUAGAGUGUUUGUGAUACACAAGUCUUUUUUCUUGUGAGUGAUUUUUAUGAAUUUGUGUUGAAAUGUGUGAUCAGUGAAAGGAUUUUGUGCUACACUAGCGUUUGCUUAGUUUCUGAUAUACAUCAUGUGAUACACAAGAACUUGUUACAUCACAUCUUACUAGAACAACUAACAAUGUGACCUCAUCACCUACGUGUUUUGAAUAAACUAAUAAAAGGUCGAGUUUUGUGAAACAUUGAACUAAAAUAUUGGACUAAUCUCGGAUGAAUGAUAAAAGUCAAAGCCAGAUCUUAUUUGUAAUAUAAAAUUAAAAAAAUCAUGUAUCGUUAUAUUUGAUUAAUUAAUUAAUACCUCAAAGGUGUUGACUUAUAUCAAAGGUCAAAUCAAAACUGAUUUCAUAUCCAGAUCUAUAUACAUGUAUAUAGUAUAUUAAAUAUAUAUAUAUAUAUCAACUUAUAAUUUUUGCUCAAAACCGACUGAUCUCUUCCAACUUACGUAGAAGAUGACAAUUCGACGAAUUACUAGAUUACUAGAACUUUUUAAAGUUCAUUUCAAAGUAUGUGGAUUUGAAUCAUAUAGCCGAACGCGAAAUUUUAAGGUGUUAUAUUAUGGACCUCGUGAAUUUCGUUUCGCUUUUUCGUAAGAAAAUAGUUUUUUUGAAUGGAAGAUACCUACAUUCAUUUAUUAUUUUAACCCAGAACCUCUAAAUAUAUAUAUAUAUAUAUAUAUGUUGUCAAAUGCUGCAUGUUAAGUUGGAAGGGGCAUGACUAUAAAACUGGUUUGAUUUGAUUUAGAGAUUAGGAUGCUUUGUUAUGCGUUGAAAUAUUUUUGGGCAACUAAAAUGUUCCUUUAAGCAGUGCUCUUGACUUGACAUGUCUACUCACUUUACAUAUCAAUUUAAUGGCCUUCAUCAACCUGAUAUUCUCUUGAACAUGUAUUAACGAUUACCUGAACAGGUAUUAACGAUUACCUGAACGUAGCUUUGGCCAUUGUUAAGAAAAACAUAGUGCACGUGAAAUCAGAAAAGAAAAAGAGUUCAAUCGACAAUUGGGUGAAUAAUCAUAUUAUUUAUACCCUUUUUACGUGACCACGAGUUAAAUGGGAUUCGUUAGUAAAUUUAUUUAAAUGUUAUUGCUUGGAGUCCAUUUAUUAUAAAUAAAAUCAGCAGACUGUUGGUAGCAAGACAUGUGGCUGGUGUUAAAAAGUAGGAUCAUAUGGUCAACGAAGUGAAAGGGGCAGUACAUAUUCCGAAUGGAAUAAUUAUGCAUUGUUGGAUAUUGGCCGGGACCCCUCAUUUCGCCCGGUGUUAAAUGCUACCCAGCUCAAAAGAUAUUAAUUGGCAUAAUUUUGUUUGUUUUUUUCCUUUAUGUUUUGCACUAAUUGGUGCAUGGAAAGAUGGAAUAUUGUUGAUAUGAAAGAACUGUGCAAUAAAAUUGUAAAAGGAAUAAGGAUAUGAAAUGACAGUGUAUAUAUUUAACAUGUAUAUUGACAAAGUUAAAACAUUACGCAACCUGGCCUUCAGUAACUAUUAUGUAUAUUCUUUAACAAUCAAUUUGUAGGGAGUUCUGUCUUCUCUGCGCUGUUUACUAUUUAAAAGUAGUACAUGUACCUUAAUGGGUCCUGAUUCAAACAUUCACAUGAUUCCACUCCCCUUUAAUUUAACUUAGUUUAAAUCAUUCAUGGAAUUUUCAACACACGAUUUAACGACAUUAAAGCUGACAUGAAGUUGAAAAAAAAAUGUAUUAUCACCGAAAUUUUUAAACAUGGUGAAAAAAAAGAAAGUUCGCCGCUCGUUCAAUACAAUGAAAUAUAACUUUUUGAUCGGAGUUAACUUUUUAUUUUAAUUCAUGUCAACUUUAAGUUUCUGUAGAACUAUUUGUAUACGGGCCCCGAUUUUGUACAGAAAUCAUAAAUUGUAAGCUAGAUAGCUACACGGCGUAGUAAUACUGUACAUGUUUAAUACAGAGUUUAUUUUUGAUAUAUUUUAUAAUAAUGUUGCUGACCGCUAGACGUGUGAGUUAUUACUAUAUAGAGAAUGUUAUAAGAACAGUGUAAAAAUGUACAGGAAUUUUUUUUUAUAAUGGAAUGCCUUAUUAAUCUAAUGACACGGUCUGACAUUGUCUGUCGGCUGAUUGUAGAUAAAAUAAUUCUCAAUAGAAAAAUGAAGUUGCA